GUACGACAACACUGUAAAAACCUACGACUAGUGGUGGAGGAAGAAGAAGUGACUCACGCAUUUUUUUGAGCGUGGGGUGGUGGUAAUGUGAAAUGGAAUCCAAUAGAAUCAUCGAGGAAAAUAAAUAAUACAGCGUGUGUAUAGUGACUGUAAGAGUAAAAGAGAGAGUAAGAAGGCAACGUGCGCUUUUAUUUUAUUUUCGAGAUAAUUCGGUGACCGGCCAUGUCAGAGCAGUCAGAGUGCGUUUUAUAGUGCGAUAGAAAAUAUACGUUAUUUGGGAAGAACGCGAGAAGAACAAAAAGUUUGGUGAAAUUGCUUGAUAGUUUUUUUUUUUCGUUGUUUUCUGUUGGAAAUAGUGUGUGUUGCCGGCAUUUGGGGAUAAUUUCGCGGCUGUCACGCGUAUUGUCAAUCGGCCAAAAAAUGGCGUCCGAACCACAUUACAAGAAUCGGAUGCAGGUUUUCAAGAACAAAGGCAAGGAUCAGGAUGAGAUGCGAAGAAGGAGGAACGAGGUGACUGUGGAGCUGAGGAAAAACAAGAGAGAGGAAACAUUACAGAAGAGACGCAAUGUCCCAAUUGCAGAUUCUACAGAUGAAGAUGACAUUGAAAGAUCCCUGUUGCCAGAAAACCUUGUUAAGAUUGUCAAGCAGGCCAGUGUUAAAGAUGAUCCAACUGUGCAGCUCAUGUCUGUUCAGUCCGCUAGGAAGCUGCUCUCGUCAGAUCGAAAUCCGCCUAUUGAUCAGUUAAUAGCGAGCGGAAUUCUACCGAUACUGGUUGAAUGCUUGAAAUGCCACGAUAAUCCGCCGCUCCAAUUUGAGGCGGCUUGGGCGCUCACAAAUAUAGCGUCAGGAACUUCGGCCCAGACAAAUCAAGUUGUGCAAGUGGGUGCGGUGCCGUUGUUUUUAGACCUGCUGAAUUCGCCGCAGCAGAACGUGUGUGAGCAAGCAGUUUGGGCUUUGGGCAACAUCAUUGGGGAUGGCCCACACCUCCGAGACUAUGCCAUUGAGUUGGGUGUUGUUGACCCAUUACUCACCUUCAUUAAGCCGGAUAUACCCAUCUCAUUCCUGAGGAACAUCACCUGGGUGAUUGUGAACCUGUGCAGGAACAAGGAACCACCACCACCAAUCAACACCAUACAAGAGUUGCUUCCCGCUUUGAACGUGUUAAUCUACCAUGCUGAUAUCAAUAUUCUUGUGGACACUGUUUGGGCUUUGAGCUAUCUCACAGAUGGAGGUAACGAACAGAUCCAAAUGGUUAUAGAUAGCGGAGUCGUGCCGAAGCUGAUUCCGUUGCUGAGUCAUAAGGAGGUGAAAGUGCAAACGGCUUCCUUGCGGGCCGUGGGUAAUAUUGUCACUGGGACGGACGAGCAAACGCAAGUAGUGCUCAACUGCGAUGCGCUCUCGCACUUCCCCGCGCUUCUGACCCACCAAAAAGAUAAAAUCUGCAAGGAGGCUGUAUGGUUCCUCUCCAACAUUACAGCUGGCAACCAAUCGCAGGUGCAGGCCGUCAUCGACGCCGGACUGCUGCCAAACAUCAUUCAAAAUCUGACCAAGGGCGACUUCCAAACCCAGAAGGAGGCUGCAUGGGCCAUCAGCAAUCUGACUAUUGGCGGCAAUCGCGAACAGGUCGUCAAGCUGAUCCAGUUCGGCGUCAUCCCACCCUUUUGCGAGUUGCUUAGCUGCAAGGAUCCGCAGGUCAUACAAGUCGUGCUCGACGGCAUCAACAACAUGCUGAAGAUGGCCGGACCUCAAGCCGAUCAGUUGGCCAACAUGAUCGAGGAGUGCAACGGUUUGGACAAGAUCGAGAGCCUUCAGAAUCAUGACAACCUCGACAUCUAUAAGCUGGCGUACGACAUCAUCGAGCAGUACUUCAGCGGCGACCCCGAAGACGAUCCGACUCUGGCGCCUGCAGUCGGCGACGCUGGUUUCCAAUUCGCGCCAAGCACGAAUGUACCCAACCAGGGCUUCGAGUUUUGAUGCUAUUCGCCCGAAUCCAAACAACCUCUGCAUUAAAAUAUAACAUACGUAUAUAUAUAUACGAUAUAUAUAUAUACAACAAAUAAAAAACAACA